AUGUCAGCACCUACCAUUGAAUCCACUGUAAUGCUCACUGAGCAUUUGCAGUAUCCGGCAGUGUCAUUAAUCGAUGAUAUAAUUAAUGCAGUGAAUGAGAUAAUGUAUAAAUGUACAGCCGCUAUGGAGAAAUAUCUCCUGGAAAAGCAUGAAGUAAACUCCAAGGAUUAUACUGCUGAGAUCAAAAUUGGAAUUGCAAAGCUGGAAACACUAUUAGAACACUCUGUUGAUAAGAAUUUUGAUAAGCUAGAGCUCUACGUAUUGAGAAAUGUGCUGAGGAUCCCACAAGAGCUGCUGAAUACCAACACGUUUAGACUGAAGUACCAAAGGGAUCUGGUUAUCGCUGACGAGUCGCAACAGCAAGAAAGUGUGGAACAACUCAAACAGAAAGUUCAGCAGAUUGAAGAAGCAUUUGCAACACAUAAACAACUGCGACUGCGGAUAACGCAAGCAAAACGACUUCAUAAUAAAGUACAAGAAUUGAAACAAUGUCUCACUAAAUUAUUUGAAGGUAGAAAUCCUGAGAUUCAAACAGUUUUCAACUCGCUGAGUCCUAUUGACGAUUCCCUGAAGCUGAUAACAUCCCAACUGCGACAAAUGUACUUAGACAGCGAAGAGUAUGGGUCCAUGGAAAAGAUAAAUGAUUUAAAUGAUGGAACCGACGCAAAGCAAAGAUUAGGAUCUAGAUCUCUAUAUAUCGAAACAAGGGCACAAUUGAUCCUUAACACACUGCAAUCAGACAAAGUUGACAAUCUAAUUAAUUCAAAGGCCAGAGAUACGAUAACUAUUGCCUCAAACACAGACUUAAAUAUUGAAGAGCCUGAUUUAUCUGUACUGAAAUAA